AUGGAAUCCUCUCGGCACAUUAUCUUAUAUGACAUCGCGUCCGGUCCCCCCAUCACUUGUUUCGCUCCCAGCCCGUGGAAAGCGCGAUACGCGCUGAACUUCAAAGGCGUCCCGUAUCGGACAGAGUGGGUGGAUCUGCCCGACGUUACAUCGACGCGCAAGGGACUCGGCGUACCCCCAUGUCGGGCCUUCAGCGAUGGCAGUCCUUUCUACACCCUGCCAAUCAUUGAAGAUCUUGCUACCUGCGAAAAAGUCGGAGAUUCGUUCGACAUUGCACUCUACCUGGAUAAAGAAUACCCCGACGCGCCUCGGCUGAUCCCCGGAUCGAGUGUCGGAUUACAUGCCUCAUUCAACGCUUACGUGGACGCGCUGUUCACUCCCUUUGCCGUUCUCUGUUACGGGAUGCCCUUAAAUCCGGAAACGGCGGAGGUGUCGAAGGCGACUUUUGCCGCAAGAGCAGGGGUACAGAGUUGGGAUGACCUUAUCCUCGCGGGGGCGGCCCGGGAGAACACGUUAAAAGAAUUCAAAGCGGCGCUGACCGAGUUCGCAAAGACCUAUCGUUAUUCAGAGGGCCCAUUCCUGGAGGGAAGCGCCGUAUCGUAUGCUGAUUUCAUUGUGGGUGGUUGGCUCCAGUUUGCGAAAUCAUCGCUCCCCGAAUGGGACGACCUACAAAAAUGGGACGACGGUCGAUGGGGAAGGCUUCACUCAGCAUUGGAGGAGUAUGCGAAAGUUGUAUAA